AUGAAUUCAGCUGCUAUAAAUGAUUGUUUAAGUGGUGCAACAGUUUCAGUUUAUGUUGGCCAACCGUUGGAUACAAUCAAAACAAAACUUCAAAUAUUUCCAAAUCAUUAUAAAAAUUUUCUUGAUUGUGCUCAAAAAAUUUUCUAUAAAGAUGGUAUAAAUGGUUUUUAUGCUGGAACAGUACCAUCAUUACUUGCAAAUGUUGCAGGUACUCAUUUAAAAUCUUUUAACUAG